AUGACACCGACUGCCCACGUCCAAGUAUUGUCGCAAUACCUGCAACUUGCCCCUUACUUAAAAAUACCAGCAGAACACCCUUUCGCUCGGCCGGUCCUCCGACACCCAGACUUUUCACCUAACAACAUCUUGGUUAAUUCGGACAACGAAAUAGUAGGAGUUAUUGAUUGGCAACAUGCAGCCGUUUUACCUCUCGGUUUAUGCGCAAACAUACCAUCUUACUUCCAGAACUGGGGUGACCCCGUGUCAGAAAGACUUGCAACACCUAUGGUUAAACGGCCUGAGAAUUUCGAUACAUUGAGCGAGGCUGAACAGGAAUCUAUAAAGGAAACUAUGCGGAAACAGAUAACCCACUUUUACUAUGCCGCUUUGACGAUGAAGCAACUACCUGACCAUUUUGACGCGUUUAGAAGUUAUAACUCAAUGCUUCGGGCAAAGCUUUUCACCUUAGCUGGAGCUCCUUGGGAAGGGGAUACAUUAUCCCUCAAACACGCAAUGAUUGAAGCAUACGAGAAAUGGCCAAUGCCUCUUGAAAAGUCAUCAUACCCAAAUGUGGUUAACUGCCCUGUCCAAUUUACCCGGGAAGAAAUUCUCAAAUGCGUGACGGACUUUGCGCAGGAACAAGAAAAGCUACAAGAGUUUACGGAAAUGAAGGCUUGCGCGAAUGUCGACUCAGUGGGGUGGGUUCCCGAUGGUGAGCACCUUGAAAGGUCAAGGGAUAUUGCACGAAUCAUCAAGGCAGGGCUUCUAGAGCAUUCUACCACUGAACUGGAGCGAGAAGCUAUUAGAAAUCAUUUUCCUUUCGAUGAUCAUGAUGAGGAUCUCUGA